AUGGCAGUCCCACCCACCACCGACAUCAUCGUCGCUCCAAUAACGUCCACAUCCCAGCUCCCUGACCUCUUCGCCUGCGCCGCCGCCGCCUUCGGCUCACAAACCCACGACCUCAUCUGGACAGCCUUCAACCCGCACUGGGACACCCCCACCGGCCUGGCCGACGGCGCCGCCCGCCUCGCCACCCGCUGGGAGACCGCGCCGCGCGUGACCCACAACCCCCACAGCGACGCCUCCAACGACCGCAGCGUCACCAUCCUCGAAGCGCGCGCCCCCAGCCCCGACGGCACCGGCACCGCCGUCGCCGGCAUCGCCAUCUGGGUGCAAGCCUCCCUGGUGCCCGGCUGGGGCGAGCCUCCCACGGGACCCACUUUCGAAGCCCGCCGCGCCGCCACGGGCCUCGAAGCCCUGUACCCGCACGACGAAGCCACGCAGCGCUGGCUCGCCGCCGUCGACGCCGGCCUACACGCCCCCCGCACGGCCGUGCUGCGCGCCAAAGCCGCGGAGUCGACACCGGCGGCGUACGUGCUGGAUCUGUGCGCGGUGCGGCCGGAGUGGCAGGGUCGCGGGGUGGGCGCGGCGCUGGUGGCGUGGGGGGUGAGUGAGGCGGGGAGAAGGGGCGGCUUGGAGUGCUUGACGGAGGCGAGCGUGAUGGGGAGGCGGGUGUAUGAGAAGGUGGGGUUUCGGGUGGUGCGGAGGAUUGAGUAUGGGGUGGAAGAGGAGUUGGGGAGCGGGAGGGGAGAGUUGCCGGAUAAUGUGUUUAUGCGGACUGGGGCACGAGGGUCUUGA